GCAUCCGCAGCGCAUCCGGCCCGUCUGCUCCAACGACGCAGCAGCCAUCGAGUGCCGAGCUCGACGUCCAUCGAUCCCGCACACCAGCCAUGGCCUCCGGACCGACCGCCAACGGCCCCUCCAAGCCCAGCAAGGAGUAUAGCUUAAGUCACCAGCGGAUUGUGCUCGAUUUCGACUUUGCGCAGAGAUCGAUCCAUGGUCUUGCCGAACUGACCAUCACCCCCACGACGGUCGAUCUGCAAGCCAUCAAAAUCAACUGUCGGCAAUCCAAGAUCGACUCGAUAACUGUCAACAUGGUGUCGGCAAUGUUCCAGUAUCUGGAUCCCGCCAGCCCGGUUUUACCGCCCAAUCGAUACGCAGCCUCGCACCAUCAAGAGUUCCGAAACUCGUACACGGCUGCGAUCCAGAGUGGCGAUGAGGGCGAGGUGAUGAUCUUUAUUCCCAAAGAAGUCAAGAUUGCCAAAAUCGAUCCGCUUUCUGGAGAAUCCGACGCUGCGGGCGGAGGCCUCUGCUGUUUCUCGAACCUCGUCGUCAAAGUCAAGUACACACUUCGGGAGCCCCAGCUCGGAGCAUUUUUCGUUUUACCUGACAGCAGCGCAAUCAACAGCUAUCCGCACAUGUUUGUCAACAACCAAGCUUGCUCGGCGCGCUGCUGGAUGCCCUGUGUCGACCGCAUUCAGGAAAAAUGCACAUGGGAGAUAGAGUUGAUAGUGCCAAGCACCGUCCGCGAUGCCCUGGGGCUUGCCCACUCGCGCCAUCAGUACAGCAUCGACGUCGAUGCCGACAUGGUUGCGGUCUGUGCUGGUGAUUUGAUCGAGCAGGUCCAACAUCCCGCCACCCCGGCAAAGAAAAUCUACUUUUACUCCGUGAUGAGCAAUGCGGUAUCGGCUUCAAGUAUACUGCUGGCUGUCGGCCCUUUCCGAGCAGUGCGGAUCCAAACGUGGCCGCGGGCCCGCAGUGGGUCGGGCAGUGCGGCUGCCGCUGCCUCUGAUCUGGCGACCCACAGCAACGGAGCGGACGACAGCGCCCCGAGCCUCGAAAGCGUUCACAGUGGAUACUCGUUCUGCCUCCCUGGCAAGGAGCACAUGGCAGACUCCACGUCGUCGUUCCUGGGGAAUGCACUCGAGCACUUUGAAUCGUACAUUGGCGGAUCAUACCCAUAUAUGUCAUACAAGCAAGUCUUUGUCGACAACGCCUUCAACUCCAUCACAACCGGCGCCAGCAUAUCCAUUCUGAGCUCGCAUUUGCUGCUUCCCGAAAGCAUCAUCGACGAAGUAUACGAGACUCGGUUGAUUCUUGUCCGGGGACUUGCAUCUCAGUGGUUUGGCCACUACGUCUCUUACAAAACUUGGGCGGAUGUUUGGCUGACGAUUGGUCUGGGGGGCUUUGUUGCCUCGCUCUUUAUGAAAAAACUCCACGGCAACAACGAGUUCAAGUAUCGAGUUGCAAAAGAUAUGAAUCGUGUUUGCGCUCUCGACAUCAACCAGCCGCCACUUUGCCCGAUUGGCAUGUUUACCCUGCAAAACGAGUCGACCCUGAUCGACCCGCUGCUCCUGGUCCACUAUCACCCUGAAGACGACCCAAAGUCGGUGCGGUCGGAGCUGAUUAUGCUCAAGAGUCCGCUUAUCUUCUACAUGAUGGACCGGAGGAUGGGCAAAGGCGUUCUCCAGAAGCUCAUCAACAAACUCAUGAUCUCGGCCAUGAGCGGCGAGCUGACGAGCGGGUGCAGCACGCACCACUUUCUCAAGAUGGCGCGAAAGUUGAGCGGCAAGCUCGAGCUCAAGGCAUUUUCAGAGCAGUGGAUCUAUGGGUCUGGCUGUCCCAAGUUUGUCUUUUCAUACUCGUUCAAUCGCAAGCGAAUGAUGGUCGAGGUCAAGUUCCGACAGGAAAACACCAAUGCUGCGAUGAUGGGGCACACGAUGAAGUUCUCGGGCCCGUUCACGAUCAGAAUCCACGAGCCCAGCGGCACAUUUGACACAGAGGUGCAGAUCGAGGAUAUCGAGAAGCAGUUCGAUGUUCAGUAUCAUACCAAGUACAAGCGCAUCCGGCGUAAGGUUCCGACCACGACGGGAACCAAGAAAGGGAAAAAGACAGGCAACCCGGGCGGCGCAGACAAGGGCGACGAAAACGACGACGGUGAAGGCGAUCUAAUGGAUGUUGACGAGGAGGGCGACUGGAAGGACGACGAGAACGACGGCUUACUGGACUGGAGAGACCCUGAUGCGGAUAGAUUGACUUUCGAAUGGAUUCGUCUGGACCCUGACAACGACUGGCUUUGCUCCAAAGUCUAUGAACAAAGCGAUUUUAUGUGGGCGGCCCAGCUCCAAAAGGACCGCGAUGUUAUUGCUCAGCUCGAGGCCAUCGAUGCGCUGUACUUUUUGCCGAGUCUUGGCACAUCCACAACACUCUCGGGUGUCAUCCAGGACAAGAGCUAUUUCUAUCGUGUGCGCGUGGAGGCUGCUCUAGCUCUAGUUCAGUGCGCCACCGCCGAGCUGGACUGGGCUGGACUCAACAACCUGCUCAAGCUGUACCGGGAAGAGUUUUGCUACCCGAUCGCCGAUAAAACCAUUUCGAUACCCAAGCCCAACAGCUUUACUCGGAUCCAGGAUUACUUUGUCAAGAAGGCCCUCGUGAUUGCUCUGUCGCGGAUACGCAACGAUGAGGAGCACAGCCCAAGUGCAGUUCGUCGGUUCCUGUUGAGCAUUCUCAAGUUCAAUAACAACACAGGAAACGAAUUCUCCGACUGCUAUUUUGUCUCGAGUGUCAUCUCAUCAAUCGGAAGCGCAUUUCUGCCCACGAGUAUCACCCGGGGGUUUCCGAGGAAAGAGCAGCCACUUGUACAGCUGGACAAGUUCACGUUGCAGAGCGUCAUGCCCUCUGGCGCAAUCGUCGAGGAGUUUGAUAUUCCCGAGCUCCUUGCCGAUCCGAAGCACAUCGGGGCACCUGUGCCGACAGCCGACGCGAAGGCGCGAAAGCCAGCCCAUGGCGGCACCGAUGACGAUAGCGACCGAGCGUUGUUUGACGAGGCUCUUCUCGAAAUCAAGCGAUAUCUGAGCGUUGACAAGUUCCUACCAAGCUACCACAACUGCGUGACUGUUGCCUGUUUAGAGGCCAUGACCAAGUGGAUGCUUGCAGGAAUCAGCCCAAUGGACAUUGGCGUGUUUUUGCCAUAUAGCUGCCACGGUAACUUCCGUCAGGUACGGAUUACCGCGAUCGAUUCAAUCCUGGUCGUCAACGGAAUUCUUCAGCCCGAGAUUACCAUGUACCUUAUCAACCUUUGUCGGUACGAUCCCGACCCGCAAAUUCGGUACCACACUGCCAAGGCGAUGGGCGCGUACAUCAGCGUGGCGUAUGGCCAACUCGCGCAUGCGUCUGGCAAGACGAAGAAGCCCCUUGGAGGAGAUCAGGAUGCGACCGCCCGAGGCAAGUAUAUCGCGAUUGCCGCAUUCCGCGCACCGUUCAGGACGGAGCACCGGGAUUGCGGUGCAUAGCCAAUGACUUGCGGAGAGACAUGGAUGCUCAUGCAAGGAAUUCGCGGCCAACCAGACGACACCUCGGACGAAGAAA